AUGCGAGUUCUACCACAAAGGCUUGGGACAGCCAAGCCGUCAUUCCUUUUGUUAUUGUUUCUGGUCAUUGCCAUCGCUGCUCAGGUGUCUGCCGUACCGGCCGACGAGACAACAACGGAUACCGAUGCAGCUAGGACCACCGACGAUCUCUCCACCACUCAAACAACCUCUAGCGUGAGUGAAACCACCACUUCCUCAACGACUUCCACCUCGAAAUCCACGAGCACCUCCGAAUCUACAGAGACAACAACCAUGGAUGAAACCACCACAUCCAUCUCCUCCACGACAUCCGAAAGCAGUACAACAACAUCAUCCGUCUCCACGACAACGAAGUCAUCAACAUCCUCCUCCUCCUCCACAGCUGACUCCGCCAUUGUGACAAUACCCCCAAUAGCCAACGCUCCUUAUAUGCAAGAGAGCAAUGCACCAGAAGGCACAGUGUUCAUCGCCGUUGGCGCUGCGCUAGGGCUAAUCGGCUUAACUCUGCUCGCAUGGCACGCAAUGGUCGCAUGGUCUGUAAACCGCUCAGUUCGGCGCGCCGCCGUCAUGCACGCCUCAGAAUCAAAGCGCCUCCUCCGCGGCAGCAGAAAGAAGCGAUCAGUCCCCUACUCCGCCGCCCCAGCGACCGACGUAUCCCUUCACAAACUCGGUGCCGCAACUCGCGCAAGCUACAAGCCCAACCGGGUCCCGAGCGCGAACAGUGGUCUUUUCUUCUCGCCUACAGCAGGCGGUCCCACUGCAUCGCAUGCCAGUCUGCACGCUGCAGGAGGCGCGGGAAAUCGUGCCUCCACAUACCUGCCUGCUGGAUACUACGCUGCUGCCGGUGGCUCCAACCCCGCGCCAAGUGGAGAGCCUCUAUACUCGCCCACUGCUGGCCUCUCGUCACCUUCUCUGCCCCCAGCUGGUGUCUACCAUGACUCCCAUAAUCAGCGCCAUUCUUAUAUGGGUGCUUCGACGAGUUCGUUGAAUCUGAAUCAGGCGCCACAGGGCCGUGCUCCUAGCGCGUAUCUUGAGGACCUGUUUGAAAGCCAUGUUCCUCACAGCUCUGAUUCGGGCCGUCGAUAA